GUAAUUUUAAAGUUGAAUUGAGUGAAGUAAAAAAAUUGCUUUUAUUUAAAUUAGUUAUGGCAUAUUUAAACGCGAAUGAAAAAAGUUACGUCGUCUUGAAAUUGUGUCAUAUAUCGCAGACUUUUUAACUCUUGUAUCAUAGAGAGAUUUUAUUUGAUAUUUUAACGCUAAAUAUGAGUACAAACGGUGACGACGAAAAAGAUUCCCCGAAAGCAGUUCCCUUGGACUUGGCGAAAAACCAAAUAACGAACAUCAGAACAGUGGAAGGCAAGACUCCUCUGGUGAUGUCUAAUCAGUCUUUGAGGGGCAUGAGGGUGUUGACUCAGGGCGUUCCCAGUUCGAGCACUUCUCUCAGUGGACCUACUAUUAUCGCGACAAAUUUAGUUUCUCCGGCUGUUCUUAAGCCAGAUUCUAGCAGAACGCAGAUCGCGAGUAUCAUUACAAGCAACACUUCCCAACCUCAAGUGACCACUAACUUAGCGAGGCCUACACAGAUUACUCUUUCUACCGGUGCUCAGAGCAUUGGGGCGUCAUAUCAUGUUCCUAGGGGCCCCGCAGUGGUCGCGAAUCUCGCAGCACCAAGAAGCAACGUAGGUACAGGCAGAACGCCCAUGGUGGUAACCGCUCAAGGUACCCAGUCUCAUACGUUCGUUCGACCGCCCCGAACGCCCAGCCCUGCUUCCGGAACAGCCUGGCUGACGAACAACUCAAGCGGUUCUCAGAUUAAAGGAGCCCCGACCGUGCUGAGUUCGCCUGUUCGAGGAGCCACUGUAACCGGGAAGCCUGCGGUUAUUAGAACCCAACCACAAACUGUUCCGACCAUUCGUCCUGGUACAAUAUUGCAAAAUGCAAUUUCAAUUGGACAACCCACACAGAUACCAUCAUUCAAAGGUGGUUCAUCUACAAUUCAAGCGUUGGGAAACACUGUAACAAUAGCUCAAGUUUUACCGGCUCGUACGCAGGCCCUUGUUUACAGCGCCAAUACAUCAGCCCAAUUCACACCAGCUGCAAAGAUUACUGUUGCUACAACAUCCUCGUCUAUUCCGAGACCGGCCCAGCCUAGGUCUAUAAGCCAAAUUACGAACGCUCGUCUAACGGUACCAGUGAACGUCACCCAAUCGGGCGCUCGUCUGAUAACUCCGCAAGCGACAGUAUUAACGUCAGGGACUAGAAUCUCCGCGGUCGGUACGUCCCAACCGCCCUCCACAUUGAAUACGACCACGAGAAUAGUCACUAGUCAGCCUAAUCUCUCGAUCGGUCGACUGUCGGUGGCGGCGGCGCCGGCGCAAGUGUCCUCGUCGAAUUUCUUAGGACAGACGAAAAUAUCGACGUUGAGUUUACAUUCGUUGGUGGCGGUGGCGAGCGGAAACUCCGUGCCAGGAAGGGGCACGUUGGCCUCUCAGGGUUCUAAAGUCAUUACUCAACCGGCUCAAGGUACUAUACAAUUAACGCCUUUGACUACUCAAAUAAAAACUACUCAAGCUGGGGUGUCUACAGCGACAAGGACGAUUAACGUGCCUGCAGCUAUAGUUACACAACAGAGACAGACGACUUUAGUGCCGCCUCAGGCGAUAUCCAUUGCUAAGGUCUUUCCUCAAAAUGAUAACCAAGCUUCAGUUACUGCUGCAGCAGCUACAAACGUGUUCAUACACGCUCCGGUACAACAGCCAACCAGCAGACAUUCGUCUCCCAGUCCUAGUGCAAGUACUUGUAUCAUUACUCAAACCAGCAGUGCCAUACCGACUACCACGGUCGCGACAUACUCCCUUGCUAGUGGUUACUUUUACGACAACGGACCCAACAGCUAUCCAGUGCAAAACCGCAAUUUCGGCCAACAACAAACCGGGCCUUUUACUUCCUUGAAUCAGCCGCACAUUCGGCCGCCAGUUAAUGCUCAACAAGUGCACAGUAUUGUCUCGGCUAAUCAGCAAAUUCGCUACAACUCCGUGAUGGUAGUGGAGCCCAGCCGAAGUAACGCUCAGCAAUCCGAUCAGCAGUCUGGUCAAGUGCACGAGCCGCUUCAACAGCAAACGCAUUCGAUUACUAAAGUAUCAUCGUCGCCGAGGCCGAGCAUACUGAGAAAAAGAGACCACGAAGGUUCGCCACUAAAGGCCGCCAAGAAUCUCGUUCCUGUGUUGUCCAAUCUACCCGCUCAACAGUCCCAGAUGCAUAUUCAGCCGUUGCCGCCGGUGUCGCCCCCUUCGAGGCCCGAUUCCAGGGGCAACGGUCACAGUUCAGGCGGUAGCACGACAAUAUCGGCUACUUCCAGUCCGGGCUUGGCCGAAGUAAACGAUGAUAGUAAUCACGCCAUCAUUAAUAAUAAAGAAGAGGAAGACGUCAAGCCUCCUAUGGAGAUGAGCCCCAGGAAGAAACCUAGGAAACAGCAACUAACUGGUAACGAUUUGGACGAAAGUAAAGACGACAUGCAAUUCAUCUCCGAUCACCCCAUCAAGAAGGAAGAAGAUUCCGAUAUGAAUCAAUCGGACGAGCCUAAAGAUGGGGCACCCGAAGGUCAAGUGACGACCGUUAGAAAACCAGCUUCGGCGAGUUUGCUAAACAGUUACAAGCAAAAUUGGAAAGCCACGCAUAACCAUUAUUUGAGGCAUUCCGAUGUGAAGCCAAAGGACGAAAGAAGGCCGACCAUUAUGGAUCUCGCUAACCAGUACAGGGUGCAGGAGAAGGUGAACGGAUGGAAAAUCCACCAUUUAUCGACUCAAAUGGAGGAUUUGGCUGACCAAGAGCAAACUGUGUACAAUCAGCUUACGGAACUAUUAAAAUGUACUGAAUCCGAAGAGGUUGAGAAGCAGUUUGAUAAGGAAAUUAACAGGAUUAACGAACUCAUAAAGGGCAAUUUGCAAAGAAUCAAAAUAAUAAACGACGGGAUGAUCGAAGCAAAGAGUUCGAUUAUGAAAAUAUUCGAUCACAAGGUCCACGUGACGGACAUCAUUAACCGAUGUGCCAGUAAACGUAAUUUUAAGAAGAGAGAGAAAUCUUAGGAAGAUUUCGUGAAUAAGUUAACAUUUUAGAUCUUAGGUUUCAAUGUAUUGUAAUUUUUAUAUAUUAUCAAAAAUUGAUGUUUUUAUAGCGGUUUUAUAAAAUACGAAAAAUAAUUCACUUAAGAAUUUUGCAAGAUAAUUAUAUCUCUGACAGUUUGUUUUGUACAU